ACAUGGCCGAUUAGUGAUGCUGUAUUUUGAAGUGCAAUAUUGGAGCUCUCCCUAUUUUCACGCGUCAUCAUGAUGUUUUGGUUAACAUAGACAGGUGAUGUGUGCGACCAAGUCAUCUACUGAUGGUCCAGUCGACAGCGACGGAGCUUUUCGCUACAAGCCUGGACCCUCAAGGAUGAUGGAGGGAGCACAUGAACUACUACCCCUCUUGCAGGAGCGGCACAUCAUAUUAUCUGGUGGCCGUGACCUUCGAGGUGGCCCAGUCCUCACCUUCCCAGCUAGGUCUAGACCGGAUCGGCUAAAACCGGAAGAAAUGCGCAAGGUUUUAACCUACCUGUCUAGCAUUCCUUGUGAGGAAGCUAGAGAACUUGGCUUCUCUGUAGUGAUUGACAUGCGAGGAGCCACCUGGGCUACGGUGAAACCAAUCCUUAAAGUUCUCCAGGAAUACUUUCCUGCAAAGAUUCAUGCUGUGUAUAUAGUCAAACCUGAAAACUUCUGGCAAAAGCAGAGGACAAGUAUGGGUAGUUCAAAAUAUAAAUUUGAGACUAAUAUGAUAUCUUUAGAAGCACUCUCAAAAUCUAUAGAUCCAUCACAGUUGACAACCGACUUGGAUGGGACAUUACCUUACGACCAUGGCCAGUGGCUUGAACUGCGAAUGGCCUUGGAGAAGUUUCUUUGGAAAACUAGUGAGCUGCUGGAGCGGCUAGAGAUGAUGAAAGAAGACCUGGUGAGCACAAAGUUUGCUGAAGAUGUGGCAGGAGCUAAACGCAUGAUUGAAGAUCACCUUAAUGCCAAGAAGCGCGUGCUACAGAUUCCUGUGGAUGAGGUGGACCUGGAAGGCCAGCAGGUGCUGCACAGGUUGGGUGUAAGCAGUGGGGGCAGUGGGAGCAGUGAUUCUGGCUACUCAAGUGGAGGUGACCCAGCUGGACCUCAAGUUGGCCGGCUUCUGGAGAGCCUGCGGCUAGCGCGGCAGCAUGUUCUCCAGCUUUGGCAUGUGCGUAAGGUACAACUAGACCAAGCCCUGCAGCUGAGCUUAUACCAGCAAGAUGCCCACAAGAUGCUAGAAUGGAUUUAUCAUAAUAAGGAGCGUUUUUUAAUGAAUUAUGUGGAAAUUGGACAUUCCAUUCAAGAUGCAAAAGUUCUGCAAGAAGAACAUGAUCAUUUCACAAUGGCUUCAAUGAAUGUCUAUGUGAACAUUAACAGGAUCUUGGUAACAGGAUCAAGGCUUAUUGAUGGUGGCCACUAUGCUGCUGGAUCUGUACAGCAGAUUGUGGCUGCGCUCGACCAUGCUUGGAAAGAAUUUGCAGCAGGCCUUGAUGAAAGAACCACAGUAUUGUCCCUCUCUGUACUUUUCCACCAAAAAGCACAACAGUAUUUGGCAAAUGUGCCAUCUUGGAGCAAGUCUAGUGAAAUAUCCAGUAUUCCACGUGAAGUCGCUGACUUGGAGGAGCUUAUUCAUAAACAUCAGUCCCUCUAUGAAGCCAUGUGCCAAGCGUAUACCGAGGUUCACAGCGCCAGCAAAAAGUUGCUCUAUCAGCUUGACCAUCUUGUUCAAGUCUGUCAUCCAUCCAAGACAGAGGCACACAAGCAUGGAGCAGCAGAAGGCAAAGGCCUACUAUUGGGCUGCCAGGCUGGCGACUACUCGGAAGGGGCCAAGCAUGUCUUGUCAGUGAUUCACGAAAUUCUGGGCCAGCACCGGGCGCUUGAGUCCAAGUGGCACACCAAGAAACUUAAGUUGCACCAAAGGCUUGCACUGCGCCUUUUCCAAGAGGAUGUUCGUCAGGUUUUGGAUUGGUUGGAAAAGCACGGAGAGGUCUUUCUGCGGAAAAAUCCAGGAAUAGGGCGGAAUUUGGCUCGUGCCAGAGUUCUGCAGAAGAGUCAUGAACACUUCGAGAAUGUUGCUCAGGAUAAUAAUACAUACACAAAUGCGGAGAAGCUGCUGGCAGCUGCGGAGGAGUUGGCACAGACGGGAGAAUGCAAUGCAGAUGAAAUAUGCGGUGUGGCCCAAGAUUUGGAAGACCAAAUUACCAGCUUUGCAACCCGUGUUGAGCAGCGGCGGCAGCUUCUGCAGCUGGCUGUUAUAUUUUUUACUCACGACAAAGAGCUCAGCAGUUGGUUUGAAGAGCUGAGGGCAGAACUUCAUAGCAACAAGGUGGCUGACUCUGUGGAAGCUGCAGAGCAGCUGCUGGAACAGUUUACUCAGCAACGUGAUUCCACCAUUGAUGCUGCUGUCAGUACCAUCAGUGAAGGAGAGACACUGCUUGAAGAGUUAAGGAGCCUUGGUAUGAAUGCUGAAACUGACUCCACUGGGUCGUAUGUGGCAGUUGAAGGAACCCUGGAAGCGCUCACACGAACUCGGCAUGAGUUGGAGGCACUAUGGAGCAACCGAAAACUUCAGUUAGACCUGUGCCUUCAACUGCGCCUUUUUGAACGAGAUUCAAUUGAGCUGAGCUCUCAGUUUGAGCUGUGGAUGAAGGAGCUGAACCAAAUGGAGCUUAGCCGGGAGCUGAGCCAAGCAGAACGGCAUCUGCAGUUACAUGUAGACAGUGUGGCCCACAUGCAGCAGGCGGUUUUCCAGCUGUUGCAGCGCGGCCAGGAGCUGUCACAGGUUUUUGAGUCGUCAGGCGUUCAGCUCAUGGCAGACAGCCAGUAUGACGCCCAGAACAGGAUCCAGACCUUGCUUGAAUUCCUGCAUGAGCGUGAAAUGGAUAUAGAAGACUUGGCGGAGGUGAAACGAGUUCGAUUGGAGCAGUGCAUUCAGCUGUGUCAGUUGGAGAAAGAUGCCAAUCAGGUGAACACAUGGAUCAGAAAUGGAGAGGCAAUGCUCUCUGCAACGUUUGCGAUUCCAACUUGCCUCACUGAAGCUGAGCAGUCACGCUCCCAACAUGAACAGUUUCAGCUGGCAAUAGAGAAAACGCAUGCGAGUGCCAUUCAGAUUCAACAGAGGGCAGAGUCUCUUGUACAAGCAAACCAUUAUGAUCCAGCAGCUGUGCGGGCUGUCGCGGAGGCUGUUGACACAUGGUGGCAUCGUAUGAUGACGCAUGCUGAGGAUCGACAUCGCAUGGUCACGGCUGCUUUGCGCUUCUACAAGACAGCGGAGCAGGUCUACUCUGUCUUGGAUAGCCUUGAGCGGGAGUACCGACGUGAUGAAGACUGGUGUGCUGCUGGGGAUGAGAUGGAAGGCACGGAUAGAGGUGCUCAGCUGGCCCAGCUUCUCACCAAGCAUCAAGAGAAAAAGGAGGCCUUUCUCAAAGCGUGUACCAUGGCUCGUCGCAAUGCCGAGACCUUCCUCAAGUACACUGCCCGGUGCGGCCAGCACUGUGCAGGGCAUGGCGAUGCAAGCUGCAGAGGUCCUGAGGCCAAGGUGAAAGCUCUCAUGGAGCAGCUGCUGAAGCAAGAGAACAAAGUCUUAGAGUAUUGGACUGUACGUAAAAAAAGGCUGGAUCAGUGCCAGCAGUAUGUGCUCUUUGAAAGAAGUGCAAGACAGGCUCUAGGGUGGAUAAAAGAAACAGGAGAACAUUACCUAACCAGUCACAGCAGUGUAGGUGAAAGUCGGGAGGAAACGGAGAGGUUACUCAAGGAACACAACGAAUUCAAGGGAAAUGCAAAGGAAACGAGAGAGAAGGUGCGAUUGCUGCUUCAGCUGGCUGACAGUCUUGUUGAGCGAGGCCAUGCUCAUGCCAGUGCCAUCAAGUGCUGGGUGGCUGCUGUGGACAAGGGCUACAAAGACUUUAGCCUUCGCAUGGACCAGUAUCGUAGUCAGCUAGAACAGAAGCUGGGCAUUCAAGUGGAGGAAACCAAAGAGCUUUCUCUAGACCGCAACAGUGAUCCGAAUUUAGAAAGCAAGGUGAAAGAGUCAGCAGUGAAGGAACUCAAUGAAGAAAAACGCAAGAGUGCACGAAGAAAAGAGUUUAUAAUGGCCGAGCUGUUGCAAACAGAAAGGACCUAUGUGAAGGACCUAGAGACAUGCAUUCAUACCUACAUGGCAGAAUUGAGGAACCCAGAGGUGAACAGACCUUUGGGCAUUGUAGGCAAAGAGCAUGUAUUAUUUGGCAACAUGGAGGAGAUAUUUGAGUUUCACAAUAGUAUAUUCUUGAAGGAGCUUGAAAAGUAUGAAACAAUGCCGGAAGAUGUUGGUCACUGCUUUGUGACAUGGGCACAAAAGUUCGAAAUUUAUGUGAAAUAUUGUAAAAACAAACCAGAGUCAAAUGCUUUGCUUAUUCAACAUGCUGGCACAUUUUUUGAGGAAGUGCAACACAGGCAUGGUGUUCCUCAUCCCAUCCCGGCAUAUCUGAUUAAACCAGUUCAGCGGAUAACAAAGUACCAGCUGUUAUUAAAGGAUCUGUUAGCAUGCUGUGAAGACGGUGUACAGGGUGAAAUACGGGAUGGGCUGGAAGUGAUGUUGAAUGUACCGAAAAAGGCAAAUGAUGCUAUGCAUUUGAGCCUUUUGGAUGGCUGUGAUGUUUCUCUUGACCAGUUAGGUGAAGUUGUGUUGCAAGAUUCCUUCCAAGUUUUUGACUCCAGAGCAAUUAUCCGCAAGGGCCGGGAGCGGCACAUCUUCCUUUUCGAAUUAUAUUUGCUCUUCAGCAAAGAGAUGAAAGAUUCCAAUGGCAAAGUAAAAUACGUCUACAAGCAAAAACUUAUGACAUCUGAAGUCGGCAUAACAGAGCACGUAGAAGGAGAUGAGUGCAAAUUUGCUGUUUGGACAGCAGUGUGGACUGAGCAUGGGCCCACAUCCGAGAACAAGAUAAUACUGAAGGCUUCCUCACUUGAAGUAAAGCAGACAUGGGUGAAGAAACUGCGACAGGUGAUUCAGGAAACCUGCUUUAAUUCUACCCUAUCAACACUGAACCUGAACAAGAGCACCAAGCUUACUUCCAAGCUUUUCAGCAACCGAUCGAGCAGAGACUUUGAGGACUCCUCCCAGGAUGAAGGCCUCACUGACAUGCAGGAGCGUGUGUCAGUAGCUUCUUUUGGGUCCAGUAACACUACUGACAGUGAAAAGGGUGGCACGGACCCGGACGACCAGACGCCGAGCGGCAGCCAGGGCGAGCCGUCGGUCUUCACGGAGUGGCACGUCCCGCUGGCGUCUCGAGACGGGCCCGGCGGCGGCCGUCGCCAAGAGCUGCUGCCACCGGCCGACCUGAGUCCCGGCGGCGGGGCAUCGUCCGUGCCGCCGCUCCCAUCGCCGAGCAACAAGCGCCGGGGCACUUUUCGAAAGUGGCUGACCAAUCCAGUGCGGAAGCUGAGCCAUGGGCGCCUGGAUAAGGGAGAUCCUGCUUCUGCAAAAGGCAAUCCCACACCACCUUCCAAAAAGCUGGCACCUCCUGCUUCUGUGGUACAGUCUUCAAAGUUGCUAAGUUACAAGGAAGAGAUGGGCAACAAGUCAUCUUCUCCAGGACCACCACCAUCAAAGCCAAGUGACAGUUCUGAGGUUAACAAAGCUGAGCAGCCAACACAUCAAAAAGUUUCUGUUAACACGAAAUCAUCAUCUCUGGAUGCUGACCCUGGUGGAACUGAGGAGGAAGAAGUUUGCGAGCUUCCGCCUCCUAUGGAAAUUCAGGAUCAUCUUUUUAAGCCUCAGCAAACUCCAGACUUCACUAUUGAUCCUGCAGAACCUGAUGAAAAGGCAUUAGCUGAAGAAGCUGAGGAUGCAUCAAAGGAGAAGCAGGCACUGAUCACUCAGGAUGAUGACUCUGAGACCACAACUUCUCAAGAAGAUCCACACGAAGGAAGCCUUGAAACAACAGUACCUGAUGGCAGAGAAAGGGAGAAAUCCUUGCAAAAGCGCAGCUUUGUGUUGAAGGAGCUUGUCGACACAGAGAAGCAGUAUGUGACAGACCUUGGCUACGUUGUGGAGGGAUACAUAGCUGUGAUGCAGUCGGCGGAAGUGCCCAUGCCAGAGGACUUGAAAAAUGGCAAGGACAAAAUCAUAUUCGGAAACAUAGAAGCUAUCUAUGAAUGGCACAGGGACCUGUUUUUAGCUGAGUUAGAAAAAUGCCUAGAAGAGCCAGAACGUCUGGGUUUACUGUUUAGGCGCUAUGAAAGGAGGCUCAACAUGUACGUUGUCUACUGUCAGAACAAACCCAAGUCUGAAUAUAUAGUUUCUGAAUACAUCGAUACCUAUUUUGAAGAAAUCCGUCAGAAGUUAGGGCACAAGUUGCAACUGCCUGAUUUGCUCAUUAAGCCAGUUCAGCGCAUCAUGAAAUAUCAACUCCUUUUGAAGGACAUACUGAAGUACACUGAACGGGCACAGUUACAUAAGGAGGCUGAGGAUCUCCGAAAAGCCGUGCACAUCAUGCAUGUCGUUCCAAAGGCAGCCAAUGACAUGAUGAAUGUGGGGAGGCUGCAAGGCUUUGACGGCAAGAUUACUGCCCAGGGUAAGCUGCUCCUUCAGGGGCUUCUUUUAGUGAGCGAGCCGUCAACGGGUGCCAAGUUUCGGGAACGUCAGGUGUUCCUCUUCGAGCAAAUCAUCAUUUUAAGUGAAGCAGUUGGUGCAAAGACACCCUUUUCAAAUCAAGCAUACAUCUACAAAAAUCAUUUGCAGGUGAACAAGAUGUCACUCAUUGAACAUACGGAAGAUGGUGACCCACUCAAGUUUACGCUGUGUUCCAAAGACCCACAUCAGGAAGGUGUUUCCUUUAUUAUUCAGACACCUUCUAUGGAAGCUCGUAACAAAUGGGUCUCAAAUAUUCGGGCCAUACUGGAAACCCAACUAGACUUCCUUAGAGCCAUACAGUCUCCUAUAGCUUAUCAGAAAGAGCUUACAAAGGAUAUGCUACCUUCCCCAAGCAAAACAUUCAAAACUUGAUCUCCUUCCAAAAAUCCUGUAUAGCCAACCCCAUGGUUCUAUUUUCUCGGCACCUGAACUGAGCUCACUGUGGAACCCAUCACUGCGCAAGACAUUGUCACACCCAGCUGCAGCGCACAAGUGUACACGGGGCAGUGUGUCAGUGGUGGACAGUGGCACCUCAAAGUCCAUGCGGCAGCGUGAUAAGAAGCUGGUGCGGCCUGCCGAGGCAGAAGAUCGUAAAGCACCGCAACACAGCCCCGGCAAAGGCAAACGCACCUUUCUCGAGGGCUUCCGCAACACACUGCGGCCCAAGGCAGCUGCGAAGCCCGAGGCCGCCCUCUGCUUCAGCCACAGCUUAGACUCGGCCAGUCGGGCAGCAGCAACACUCGAGCCCACGGCCGAUGGCCGUCGCUGGUCCGAGACGGUAAGGGCUCCCCUCGAGGCGCCAUUGGCCACUAGUGCUGCUCAGGACUGAUGUGCCACGCCUGUAGAUAUGUACAGAGAGCUGCAAGGUGAUAACUGUGAAAAGUGUGCCCAACUUACCAUGCAUGGUUGUUUGUGCCGCAAAUGCUCUGUGCAGGAGCACCCAUGCAGGAUUCUGCAUGUGUGCAGCUACUCACAGCGUUGCUAACCCAAGUCUGAAUGUUGUACAUAGGUGUAAAUGACAGUCAAUGUAUAUCAUUGGCACGAGACGUCCGGCAGGCUGUAGCUAGGCCUAGCUGUUGUUUGACUCGCAUCGGUAUUGUCCAACACAAGUGCUGCCCUGUGACGGGGUGUGCUCACCUGGGUUGGCUGACUGCAGGUCCCUCCAAGAACAAGGAAAAAUGCUCAGCUUCCCUGAACUGCUCCAUGCUAGUUGGGAGUUUGUUUGUUCUGGCUGUUGUGCUCUGCAUUGUCGCACCAGUUGUUUCCUCUCUCACUCUCCUGAUCAAGUCUCCAGGACCUGUGCUUGAACGAUGAGUUGUAAACUAGCAAUUCAGCCAAAUUGAUAUGGUGGAAGAUGAGACUACAUGAAAACACAGUACCUUGACAAGCAGGGCUGCGGGCAGUGUUUCCCGGCCAGCCGUGAUCCUUUCCUCUCCAGUCUUUCGAAGUUGGUUUUGAGCAGGUGGCUUGGCUGCAGUACUUCUGCGACUGGGCGGGGGAGAUGCAUAAUAUUUUGCACCAGCAGGAGAAUGGCUUGUUUGUAUAGUGUGAAAUAUGAGCUGUACAUUAUGUGAGUCUACUUCAAAGACCCGUGCAGAAUGGAAGAAGCAAGGGAUGUAUAAAGUACUAGUCAGUAUUUAUGGCUAAAUGAUUUUAUAAUAAACUUGUUCACUUGCA